AUGAAACCAGUAGUCACGGAGACCCAAAAUUUACCUAAAUUCGAAUCCGACAUAUCUCUAUGCUCAAACCCUUCUUCUCAAUCGUCAAACCCUUCUCAAUCAUCAACAGUCGAAAUAAAAUUAUAUACAGACGAAACAUCGUUACCAUCUCAACCUCAACAACAACCAGACGACUCGUUCAGAAUAGAUUUACAAAAAUCAAAAUUAAAAAACGCAGGAAAAUGUCAAAGACAAGAAUGUAGCAACAAAACCAGGACAGAAAGGGUCAAUUUAAAAUUAAAAUACGAAUAUUAUUGUAGUGAAGAUUGCUAUUGGAAAGACGUCGAGCGAUUGACAACGACGAAAGCUGUGUUUCUUGAUAAAAAUGAUAUGGAUUAUGAACGUGUUGCAAAACCUUUUAAAGAGAAACUUCCCAAAUCAAAAAUACGGGCUAUUUUUCGUCUUCAGAUGCCUCAUUCCAUUGCUGAAGCUCAUCGUAAUUAUAAAGAAAAUAAUGAGGAUAAAAUAACACAUAAAAUGUAUCAUGGGACUUCGAUUCUUUGUAAUGCUGCUUUCUUAUUAAAGGAUAAACGUAACUGUAUGAGCGAAUGUGGGAUGUGUGGAAUUGCUGCUAAGGGAAAUAAAUGUUCGUUCUCUCAUUAUGGCAAAAAAAUGUGGUUUGCGAAAAAUCCCGAAAUCUCACUUUCAUAUUGUUCCGGCAAAUCAAAAUUAAAAGCAAUGUUUGCUGUUGACGUGAUCUCCAAAGAACAGAGUGAGAUAUUAAUCAUCUCAAACGAAGAG